AUGGGCUGCUGUUCGAGUUCUCCCCAUGAGCGACGACGGUACUUGGAUCCGGCUGAUUUGGACGAAGAAUAUGUGAACACUCUCCCAGACCCCAACAUCCGAUUGCGUACGUUUGGGCGCUACCGUCCCAACCAAGUGUUUGUCCCCGACGACAUUGACGGUCUCCCUUCCUCUCGCAUUAGGGACAAGUUGGCCACCAGUCCAGACACUCUGUUGUACACGGCCGAAAUUGACAAUGGCAUGGCCUGGCGUUGUGUGCGACCGUGUUGGAUUGUGUUUUUUCAAAUCCUAUUGACGAACGGCUGCAAGGUUCAUUGUGACGAAAUGUGUUGUUGGCUUCGCAAGGAGUACAGCUCGCGCACAUACUAUCGCGUCUAUGCGAAUCGCAUUGAAAUCAACAAUCCAUCUGCCCGUGUGUUUGGCAUGUUGGGCUGUGGUUCCUGGGCAGCCGAUCACGUGUUGAGUCAUCCAUUUGAUCGAGGUGCCUUUGGCUUUCGCCGCGUCCCACGGGGAGUCCUGCCAUUGGUGUGUUGUGUCUUUCCUAUGUUUGGAGAUGUGGUGGCACGGCAACGCUGUCAAUGCAAUGGACCUCUUUGGUAUUCCUGCACGGAUGGAUGGUGGUGUGACGAAUGGCCUUGUGACAUGAUGUGUUGUACCUAUCGCUAUCAAGGACUCGCUGAUGGAGACGAAUCCGCCAUGGCUUCCAGCUUGGCCUUGCAAGCGUAUUUUGAAGGACGCUCUUUCACGCAAGCGCAAAUGGAACAGUGUUUGCAGUACUGGAGAGAUCAUGUCUCGGAAAUGGGAGAUCCUGUACAUCGUAAACGACCUGUGCUCUGCCAAGACACCUGUUCUGUACCCUCAUGUGUUCCUUCAGAAAAGAUAUACCAGUCUAUCUGUCAAUGUCCACGCAAAAUGCCUCCCCACUACGAACCCACACCUGAACUCCAACAAGUUUAUGACCAGUACGAAACACAACGACAAAGACAAAUCAAACUCUAUAAAGAAUUCAAGGAACCCGUACGAUUAUCGACCUGGUGUCGCAAAUUGGCCUGUCAACGCUGCUUUGGACGCAAAGGAGUCGUCUUUUGUACCGAAGGAUGUUGUUGUGAAGAUGACAACACGCACAGAACUAUGGGACGCUGCUAUAGCAACCUCAAGCAACAAGCACUACCACAAGACGACAAUCCUCCCUUUGCACCCUACAGUCACGCCGAUUGGGACGAUGACCACAAUGCUGCCACCAUACUCCAACAGGUACUGGGAAAUCCGCCCCCAAAUGUCGUCUACCGAAAAUGGCAGUACGAUCCAGACACAAAACAACACAUCGUGGUACAGUCGCCCUCCAUUGUAGUAGCCACAAACAGCAGCAAUAAUGACAAGAACUAUGCAGAUAAUGGACAUUACAACCAAGAUGACCAACCAGUCGUUGCUAUCAAUGGACAUCCAAAGAAUGGGAUGCAUCAUCGACGCAAACAACAAGAUCAAGUUUAUCAUCUCCAGAACGAAAACAGUUAUGAAGUGGUGGUUGACACAUUCGACGAUGAAGCCGCCGGAGCAGCCAUUAGCAGUGCCACCAAUAGCAGUUCCGAGGAUGGACCCCAUCCUCUGUCUCACGCGCCGUGCACUCUACUCAAGGGAGAUUUUUGA